AUGCUCAACCAUCAUCUAUACAAUUCUCAAGCACUUUUUAUUAACGGAAUUAGGACGCAGGUGGCCUGGAGCAGAGAGGCUGGAUGCGUGCGCAACGGCCGCGCCACGAGAACGCGCUCGGGGGAGCGCGCGGCAGUCGGCAUGAGGCGCGUGCGGAGUGUUACGGGGCCCCUUCGACGCGCCCACCCCGCGUCGGGGGCCACCUGGAACGUCCAGGUGGUGCGAGGCAAGAUGAGUUCACAAUGUUUAUGGCACGCGUGUCGAGCACUGUCGGCUGGCCUGCUGCUGAUGUUACUGGGAGCUGCGAUGGCUGUCAUAGGUUACUACGCGGACACUUUGUCGGUGGCGCAAGAGAUCCGAGGCAAUUCAACUGUGUCGGUGAAAGAUGAGGCACGCGGAUUUCAUCUAAACAACCUAUCGUAUGCUGGGCCAAUCGUUAUGGGUUUUGGAGGGUUUAUUGUGGUGGCAGCCUGUGUGAUGACCUUUGAGGCUCGCGAUAGUGCGGCAAAAGUGACUCCAGCGAGACCACAAGCGAUGCCACGGCCUAUGCCUCGCCGUGGGCCGCAGUGCGCCGCACCCGCGCGUCUAGACCAACUGGGCGUCUACCGCCUGCCGCACGUUCUACCACUGCCACACGCCUUACCUCUUGCACCACCACAUAGAUAUAGACCGAGUCAUCAUCAUAACAGAGUCGGUGGUGAAAGAGGAAAGGCACGAGCCCGCUUUGGCUCUGCGCCGGACUUGCGUAGCAGCAGCACGCGCGCUGCGUUGCCGGUUAGCGUGCUACGCCGCCCGCUACGACGCUACGCACUCUCCGUAGACGAACCGCCACACUCGGCAAUCAGCGCAAGUGCAGCAGAAUCAGAGUGUGGUUCCCAGUCAUCAUUAGCCCUGGAUCUGCAUGGGAGUGGCGCGUGUGCGGGCAUCACGCUCCGUGUGCGGGACAACACUCGCCGCCGGCCGCUAGCGAGGCAGCAAAGAUUGCGAGAUGAUACUGUACACCCUACACCAGUGCAAAGUGUUAGCAACAUAAACAAUGCCGAAGAACUGAUACACAGGGUGGAAAAUGAAAAAGUAGGUAACACCAACAUAGAACAGAUACAUUUAUCGGUGGAGAGCGAGCAGAGGGCGUGUAGCGCACCACCGGCGACGUGUCUCACCCCGCCACUCUCGCCCCAGCUAGUGGUAACACCAUGCUCCCUGCCUGACCCCGUUGAACACGAUACCUGCAUCACCAUUGAACCCCCACAGACUAACUCCCCAACGCACACAAGCACCGAUGAUAACUGA